AUUUGGAGAGGAUUUUUGCUUUAGACAUUGACAUCGGUCUAUAAAUAAUGCCUAGCCUAAACAUCAAACAAACCACUCCCACAUCAAACAUUGUGGGUGAUACAAUGGCAUCUUCAACUCUUACAGGUAAGCUUGAGGCAGAUGUAGAUAUUAAGGCUUCUCCCGAGCAGUUCCAUGAAAUGUUCGCCCACAAACCACAUCACGUGCACCACAAGAUUCAAGGAUGCGAUCUACAUGAAGGUGAAAGAGGGAAAGUCGGUAUCAUUGUCCACUGGAGUUAUGUGCAUGAUGGAAAGGCUAAAAAGGCAAAGGAAGUAGUGGAAGCGGUAGACCCUGAUAAGAAUUUCAUCACUUUCAGAGUGAUUGAAGGAGAUCUAAUGGAAGAGUACAAGAGCUUUGUAGCUAUGAUUCUAGUUUCGCCCAAGAGCAAGGAUAGUGGCAGCAUAGUGCACUGGACUUUGGAAUACGAGAAGCUACACGAUGGGAUUGCGCACCCCGAGACUCUACUGCAAUUGGUUUAAGAUAUCUCCAAAGACAUUGACGCCCACCUCAUCCAAGCAAACUAAACAAUAUCGCAUGUUGCUAUUGUUACCGCUACUUGGAGCAUCUAUUUAAUGAAUGAAGUGACAGCUUCCUUUCUCAUGUAUUUUGAUAUGAAUAUGUAUGUUUAGAUCAAUAUGCAGUCAAGGGGAGGGAGCUUUGUAUUUUCUUCAUGUUUGUCUAUUUAAUUAUGUUAAAAUUCAAUGUAUCCUAAGCUUUUAUUUGUAAGUAUAGAAAUAUUUAUGUACUUUUA